AUGGAAGACACUAGGUUCAUCCUCCCUCUCAUGGUUGUGAUGCUCUUGCAUAAUUUGGUGCCUAGUUUUUCGAUGGAAUCACCCAACAUCACCACUGAUCGAUUGGCUCUCCUUGCCCUGAAAGCCUAUGUCACUCGAGACCCUCAAAAUGUUUUUGGCAACCAAACUGGUCCGCUGCCACCUCUGUCUGCCAAUUGGAUUGGUGAAACCAUCCCACCAAUCUUGGGAAAUCUGUCUUUUCUUACUUCGCUCAACAUUAGAAAUAACAGUUUUCAUGCCUCAUUACCAAUCGAAUUGGUCAAUUUGCGUCGGUUGAAAUUAAUAGAUAUUGGUAGCAACAGCUUCAGUGGAGAAAUCCCAUCAUGGUUUGGCUCCUUCCCUGAACUUCAAAGCUUGUUUCUGUACGGUAACAACUUCACUGGUGUUAUCCCAUCUUCUUUGGGCGAUUUGUCAAAGCUAGAGAAGUUGGUCCUAUAUAACAAUAGUCUUGGAAGGGCAGAUUUCUAA